AAAGCAUCCCUCUGACCGACGAGCGCACGGCGCGCCACGGAAUGCGCAGGAGCGACCGACUGUCGCUGGACGAGGGCGCACGGUCAAGCCAUGGGUCCUUCUUCAGCACCUUUGAGUUCUUAAUGCAUUAUGAUGUCCUAAAGUCAUAGAGACCCUUGGAAAUCCUCUGAAUUCUCUUUAAGGCAGCGUCUGUAUUGGAAUAAACUAUUAGCUGGUGAAUUUUUCUGUUCGGAUGGAUGAUUUGGUCAGAUUCCUCAUUCAUCGUGAUGCGCGUUCAUUCCUUUUCCAAGUGUCUUAUUGACUGACCGCGGAUCAAUUUUUGGACGUGGGCUGACGGCUGGAGAGGAAGAUGACAGCUCUCAACCCAGUGCUGUUCCUGCUCUGCGGUGUCUCUGUGUCUCUGACUCUGAAGGUGGUGUCAAAGAGAGGCUCAGUGGACGGCUGCACUGAUUGGUCCGUGGACUAUCUGAAAUACCGGGUGUUACACGGAGAGCCGGUGAGGAUAAAGUGUGCUCUGUUUUACGGUUAUAUCAGAGCCAACUACACCCAGGCACAGAGCAUUGGACUUAGUCUGAUGUGGUACCGAAGUUCUGGGUUGGGACAUGGCGACUUCGAGGAACCCAUCUCCUUUGAUGGGGUACGCAUGAGCAAAGAGGAAGACGCCAUCUGGUUUCGGCCUGCUGAGCUGCAGGACGCCGGUCUGUACUCCUGCGUUCUGAGGAAUUCCACGUUUUGUAUGAAGGUGUCUAUGACUCUGUUGGUUGCUGAUAAUGACACAGCAGGAUGUUAUAACUCAAAACUGCGCUACACUGAGAAAGGAGAACUGGGCAAGAGUAAAGACAUCUCCUGUCCUGAUAUCCAGGAUUACGUUCAGCCUGGAGAAAAACCGCAGAUAACGUGGUACAAGGAGUGUAACGUGCAGCAGUGGAGGAGCAGCGUGCUGCAGACCGCAGACAUGCUCUCCAUACAGGAAGUGAAGGAGGAUGACAUCGGCAACUACACCUGUGAGCUGGUUUUUGGAGGCUUCCAGGUGCGGAGGACGACCUAUCUGAGCGUGACAGCUCCUCUGACUGAAGAGCCCCCCAGGAUUCUCUUUCCCUCUGAAAACAAGCUCCUCACCAUGGACGUGCAGCUCGGAAGCAUGCUGAACCUGACAUGCCGAGCCUUCUUUGGGUACAGUGGGGACAUCAGUCCGCUUGUUUACUGGAUGAAAGGCGAGAAGUUCAUUGAAGACAUGGACCAGAGUCGCAUUCGAGAGAGUGAAAUCAAGACGGUCAGAGAACACCUGGGUGAACAGGAAGUGUCCAUUACUCUGACCAUAGAUUCACUGGAGGAGGUAGAUCUGGGUAAUUAUUCCUGUUAUGCGGAAAACGGCAACGGGAGAAGACAAGCCAAUGUACAGAUUGGGAAACGAGUGGAGCUGAUGUACACCGUGGAGUUGGCUGGUGGACUGGGUGCGAUUCUUCUGCUGUUGGCUUUGUUAUUGUCUGUGUAUAAGUGCUACAGGAUCGAGCUGCUGCUCUGCUACAGGCAUCACUUUGGUGGGGAGGAUACAGACGGAGAAAAUAAAGAGUAUGAUGCGUACCUGUCCUACAGUAAGGUUGAGCUGGAUCAGUGGGGUCAGGAAUUACAGGAAGAGGAGCGCUUUGCUCUGGAGAUUCUCCCUGACGUCCUGGAGAAACAUUACGGAUACAAACUCUUCAUCCCUGACCGAGAUCUCAUUCCUACCAGCACGUACAUAGAGGACGUGUCCCGCUGCGUAGACAUGAGUAAACGCCUGAUCAUCGUGCUGACCCCGAGCUACGUGUUGCGUCGCGGGUGGAGUAUAUUUGAGCUGGAGUCCCGUCUGCGCAACUCUCUGGUUUCAGGGGACAUUAAAGUGAUCUUAAUCGAGUGUGCCGAUCUGCGAGGAGCCAUUAACUACCAAGAGGUGGAGGAGUUAAAACAAUCCAUUAAAUGCCUGAGUGUGGUGCACUGGAACGGCCCGCAGAGCAACAAGCCUGGCUCGCGCUUCUGGAAGCAGCUCCGCUACACCAUGCCAUACCGCCGCCCCCAGCAAACCCUCACCAAUCACGCGCUGGACGCCAGCGAACCCGGCCCCUUCGCCGACCUGCAGACCGUCUCGGCCAUCUCCAUGGCUACGGCCACGUCCGCCGCCUUGGCGCCGGCUCACCCCGAGCUGCGCCCGUCCCUGCGGAGCUCGUACCGCUCGCACUCGCUGGCACGGCAGAAACACUCGCACUACCGCUGCUACGACUACGAGCUGCCCUUCACAGCCGGAGGAACGCUGCCGCCCCAGCACACCUACUGCAACCUGCCCCUCACCCUCAUGAAUGGCCAGCGGCCCGUCAACAACAAGACCCUGCGCCAGCACAGCCUGGAUGAGCACCACGGCAACAACGCCAUGCUCCCGCUGCUGCCCAGAGAGACGAGCAUCUCCAGCGUCAUCUGGUAAACACAGAGAAUCCGAAACGCGCA